AUGAGUGAUGUGUGUGUGGUAGUGCAUCCACUAGUGCUGCUCUCUGCAGUUGAUCAUUACAAGAGGAAGGGAACGAAGAGGGUUGCAGGGAUUCUGCUGGGCAAUGAUGAGGAUGGGAUUCACAUUACAGAGAGUUUUGCUUGUAUUUUUGAGGAAGAUAAGACGGGAUGGUUUAUUGAUACGUCUUACAUAAUGAGUAUGUUUGAUUUAUUCCAUAAGGUGAAUCACAAGCUGAAGAUUAUUGGAUGGUAUCACACGGGGCCAAAGAUGUAUGGAAACGACCUGGAAAUAUCGAGGUCACUGAUGAGGUUUGCGCCUGAUCCGUUUCUUGUUAUUAUCAAUGUGCAUCAGGAAGGAAGUGAUUUGCCUGUACAGGCAUUCAAGUUAGAUGAGCAAGAGGAGUUUAUGCAUGUGAAUUGUAGCAUAGAAGCCGAGGAAGCCGAGGAGAUUGGUGUUGAGCAUCUUAUUCGGGACAUCCGAGAAGAGGCGAGUGGAUCGACAGCAGCAAAGAUUGCGGAGAUAAAAGAGUCUCUUGUGGUGUAUGGAGAUGUUCUGGAUGAAAUAGGCCAGUAUCUUGAAGAUGUUGUUGAAGGUAAGAUUUGCAUGAGCCAAGAGAUUAUUGGUCUUUGCCAAGAGAUUGUUUAUGCGGCACCAAGACUUGAUAGAUCUCUUGAUGAGAGUUUGUCGUAUUGCUAUGUUUCUGAGCUUGCGAAGGCAGUAAUUGCACUCAAGGACCUGAGGAGAAACAGAAUUGAGAAUGGAAUCAGGAUGAAUGGGUCGUAA